AUGCCGCCGAAAGCAGCCGUCGAGGACUUUGACGAUGACUUCGAGUUCGACCUUCCAACCGUCUCGUCUCCCGCCGUAGCCCAGGCACAAGCGGGGGCCGGCGCUUCGGCGCCUCAGGCCGACCAAAUGGCCGCAUUCCAAAAGAUGAUGGAGCAGAUGGGUCAAGCACCCGGCUCGGGCGACUUUGGCUCCACUCGGGCUCCCGUCGGCGCCGACAUGUCCGGCGCGAGCGGCUCCAAGGGCAAGGAGGACGGCGAGCACAAGAAGUGGGUGAGCGUGUACCCGAUCUAUUUUGAUGCCAAGCGCCACUACCGCAAGGGCUGUCGGCGCGUGUCGUACGAGAAGGCGAGUCCCUUCCCGACGCAGCUGUGGAUCGCCAAGGCCGUUGCGCGGCUGCAGCUCAAGUACGUGCAGGAGCCGUACAAGACGCAUCCGCAAGACUGGGAGAAUCCGGGCCGCGUCAAGGUGCAGCUGUUCAACGACGACGGCAGUGCGCUCGACAGCCGCUUUGCGAGCAAGAAGCAGCUGUUUGAUGCGAUCGCCGAGAUUCUGCAGCCCAACUGUGGCGGUAAGCCGCCUGCGCUCGAGGCGCGCAAGAAGCGCGUGCGGCCGUCGACGAUCAAGAAGGCGGCGCUCGCCGAGAAUGCCAAAGCGGUCUCGUCGGGAUCGCAGCCCGCUGCGGGCUCGUCGUCCAAGAGCAAGAACAAGAAGGGCGGCAGCAAGGAGGGUGCUGCGGCGACGGGCGGUGCCAAGCCGACACUCACCAAGGAGCAGCGCAAGCAGGUGCUGCAGGCGAAGCGCGACCCGAACCCCAACCCGAUCCGCGCCCGGCUGGCCAAAAUGCGCUUCCCGCCCACGCUCGAGGCGCGUCUGCCGGCGCACUCGCCCGCGGUGGAGGGCGGUCUGCUCAACAUGAAUCUGGCGGAAGCCAUGGGUGGUAUGCCGCCGGGCAUGCCUGGUGCCGACGCGCUCGGAGGCCUCGGAGGCAUGCUGGGCGGUAUGGGACUGGGUGACGACGACGACGACGAGGACGACGAGGACGAGGCUGAAAAGGAGGAGGCGGCGGGCAAGAAGAAGGACCCGAUGAACCCGCUCAACCUGGGCCGCAGACAGCGGAAGAAGGUGGUGCGAAUCGGGCGUUGA